AACAUAGUUGAGCAAGUGUUCAGAAUGACUUUUUAAAUAGAUUUUUUUAUUGUAAUUAUGUGGGGUUUGAUGUGGAGGUGGGAAUAGGAAAUGUGUGCAUGAAUUCAGUACUCUAGGAGUCCAGGAGAGAGACAUGGGAUCCUCUGAUGUUGUAGUUUCAGACACUUGUGAGCGGUCCCAAGUGGAUACUGGGAACAGAACUUCCAUCCCCUUGGAAAGGUCGUACUGGACGUUUAACUGCCGAGCUGCCUCCCCAGCCUCCCAUCACCUUUUAUGAUGGUAGCUGGACCCCACACAUGCAAAGCGCACCACUGAGCAAUAUCCACGAACCGAGAGCCAUACACUGGAGCAAGUUUGAAACAUUACACUCUGGGCACCUUUGUGUGCGUGUGUGUUGAGAUAGGGUGGCGUCAAACUGGGGAUCCUCCUGUCUCGGUCUCACGAAAGCCAGGAUUGCAGGCGUAUAUCAGCACAUCUGGUUGGUUGCCUUUCAGUUCCAAUAGUCCACACCUCUGUGGUGUAUGAGCGAGGCCUGCGACUCCCAGACAAACAUCUCCUCCCCUCGCUCACACCCGCCAGAGCACUGCUCCUCCAACAGGUCAUCCUGAAAGCCUGGGCCCUUGUGAACCCGCCACUUAGAGAAUACAUUUUAAACCCAGAGUCUGCUCCAGAAGCCAUGAAACUGACACAGUUGACCCCAGCGUUUCCUUGUGGGUCCAGAAAGGCCGCUAGAUGGCAAUCCGGGGCUGACCGCAAGAUCGGCCUCCUUCCUCUUCCCUUAACUUCCCAGCAUCGAGGUCCCUGUCCGGAGGGACCCGAGUGUCGGGGCUGGCCCGCUUCCCCCGGGGUUCCCCAGUUUCGGAGACAGCCAAGAGCUAGGCGCAGCAAGAGCCGAGCGGCCCCGUGGGCUCCUAGCCGUCCGGGGCAAGCCUGGGACGGUGCAGAGAUCCGAGCCCCGCACCGCGCUGGCUUCGCCGUCCCGCCUCGCCGCUCCGCAGCAGGACUGCGGGUGGCACCCGGCGGCCACCAGCCCCGGGCGAGCCUUCCCCGUAAGGGGCGCGCCUGCGUCGCCCCGGGUUGGCUACAAGAGUCCUGGAGUUAAACUUUCAGCCAAUAAAGAAAGGGCUUGAGGAGUGACGCACAGGAACGUCACGGGAAUUCCCCCCCUCGGGGGGCAGAAAGGGGCUUUCCCGGCCGGAGCCCUGUCGCCGGAGAGGAGCAGCGACCGGUCCAGGGUAGGGUUCGGAAAGAAGCCGGAACCAGAGCCGCCACCACGGUGAGUGGCCGGGUCCAGACCCCUGAGUGACCGGGGAAUGGAGAGGGAGGGAGGAGGGACUUUGGGUGACAGUCUGGGGCUGGACACCACCUCCAGAGAGCGCGCACACGAACAGGACACCCUGGUACACACUGACACGUAAGCCUGCCCUUACGCUGGCCUGCGCACAGCCCGCCGGGUGUCAGCCCCGCACACGCACACGCACACACACACGCACACACACACGCACGCACGCCGCCACAAGUUCACCUGGGCACCAGUGCCUGAGCACCAGCAUCCAGAUGUGCACGGACGUCUGCCCACACCGACCAGCUCCAGGACUCACUCACCUGUGUGGACGAAUGCUCACUUGCACGUGCAUGCUGCCACCACUCGCACUCACCACGCACACGAGACAUUAGGGCCGAAAACGCAAACUGCCGUCAGGGACACACGCGUUUUACAAAUGGUUGUGGGGCUGGGCUCUCAAGGGCCGGUCGCCCGGAGCAGGUGCAGCGGGGGGAUCCGGGAAGCUAAGCUGUUCCGGAGUCGCUAGAGACCGUGGAGGGGGAAACUCCUCUCCCCACCCUGCGGCUCGUGUCGCCUUCUCCCUGCAGAACCCCGGGGGCCCCAUUGGAAGAGCCCCCGCCUACGGGCCAUUCGGAAAAGAGGCCUCCGACGGCAGGAAUGUCCCCACAAAAGCCCCCGGGUGAAUCAGCCGUGUCCUCCACGCUGGCCGAAAAUCCCAAGGUUGCUCCAGGCCGCGGAGUGGGGGCGAGGCGGGCUAGGCCCCGACUGAGCCCCGGGGGCUGCGGCCGCUGCGGGGAACCAGGAACAGCCCGGGCCUCCCGCCCCUCCCGCCGCGGGGGCGGGGCCCCGGCGUCAUUUCCAGGCCCGCCCCCUCCGGCUCCGCCUCCCCCUGGUAUUUUCGGGACUUUCCUAAGCAGCACUAACUUUCUGCCCCUUCCCGGGCCCGGCCCCGCUCCGGAUCUCGACCUCCACCGGAUCUGACCCGCCACGCCCGGACCGGCGGCCGGAGGAGAUCAGACCCUCCCCCAAAUCUGGGGCCCCCUCUGCUGCCCGCCUCUAUCCUGAUCUCUCCCCCUCUCCCCGCUCCCGCGUCUCUCUUCACUUUAGGCGGGCGUCUGAAACCCUGGGAAACCGAACAAGGGCCCGAAGCCGCCAGACACAGCGGGGCCUAGCCCAGAGACAUGGACAGUUGCUACGACCCAGGUCUGGAUGGCAUCCCCGAUUAUGAUUUUGAGUUCAGCCCCUCCAUUGGGGAGCCCAAGGAUCCAGCCCCAGAGACAGCUGAUAGCCCCUAUCUGGUGAUUGUGGAGCAGCCCAAGCAGCGAGGUUUCAGAUUUCGAUAUGGCUGUGAAGGGCCCUCCCAUGGAGGCCUGCCAGGUGCCUCCAGUGAGAAGGGCCGGAAGACCUAUCCCACUGUCAAGAUCUGUAACUAUGAGGGACCAGCCAAGAUUGAGGUGGACCUCGUCACGCACAGUGACCCACCUCGUGCGCAUGCCCACAGUCUGGUGGGCAAGCAGUGCUCGGAGCUGGGGGUCUGUGCUGUGUCUGUAGGACCCAAGGACAUGACUGCUCAAUUUAAUAAUCUGGGUGUCCUGCAUGUAACCAAGAAGAACAUGAUGGAGAUUAUGAUUCAAAAACUUCAAAGGCAGCGGCUUCGUUCCAGGCCUCAGGGCCUUACAGAGGCUGAGCGCCGGGAGCUAGAGCAGGAGGCCAAGGAGCUGAAGAAAGUCAUGGAUCUGAGCAUCGUGCGGCUACGCUUCUCCGCUUUCCUUCGAGCUAGCGAUGGCUCCUUCUCCUUGCCUCUGAGGCCGGUUAUCUCCCAACCCAUCCAUGACAGCAAGUCUCCAGGGGCCUCAAACCUGAAGAUUUCCCGAAUGGACAAAACAGCGGGUUCUGUGCGCGGUGGAGACGAAGUUUAUUUGCUUUGUGAUAAGGUGCAGAAAGAUGACAUUGAGGUCCGGUUCUAUGAGGAUGACGAGAAUGGAUGGCAAGCCUUUGGGGACUUCUCUCCCACAGACGUUCAUAAACAGUAUGCCAUUGUGUUCCGGACACCGCCCUAUCACAAGAUGAAGAUAGAGAGGCCUGUAACGGUGUUCCUGCAGCUGAAACGCAAGCGUGGGGGGGAUGUCUCCGACUCCAAACAGUUCACCUAUUACCCUCUGGUGGAAGACAAGGAGGAAGUGCAGCGGAAGCGAAGGAAGGCCUUGCCCACCUUCUCCCAGCCCUUCGGGGGCGGAUCCCACAUGGGUGGAGGCUCUGGGGGCUCCGCGGGGGGUUAUGGAGGCGCUGGAGGAGGUGGCAGCCUCGGCUUUUUCCCCCACUCCUUGCCCUACAACCCCUACCAGUCCGGCGCGGCCCCAAUGGGCUGCUACCCGGGUGGAGGGGGCGGAGCGCAGAUGGCCGGCUCUGGGCGGGGCGUGGAUGCUGGGGAGGCGGCGGAAGAGCCGAGCGCGCCCCCCCAGGCCCCCCAGGGCGACCCGCAGGCCCCCGACGCGCUGCGGCGAGCUCGCGAGUACAACGCGCGCCUGUUCGGUCUGGCGCAGCGCAGCGCCCGGGCGUUGCUGGACUACGGCGUCACCGCGGACGCGCGCGCUCUGCUGGCGGGACAGCGCCACCUGCUGACGGCCCAGGACGAGAACGGAGACACGCCGCUGCACCUGGCCAUUAUCCAUGGGCAGACUGGUGUCAUUGAGCAGAUAGCCCAUGUCAUCUAUCAUGCCCAGUACCUUGGGGCCAUCAACCUCACUAACCACCUGCACCAGACACCUCUGCACCUAGCGGUCAUCACUGGGCAGACAAGGGUGGUGAGCUCCCUGCUGCAGGUGGGUGCAGACCCCACACUGCUGGAUCGGCAUGGAGACUCAGCUGUGCACCUGGCUCUCCGGGCGGGUGCCGAAGCCCCAGACCUGUUGCGGGCUCUGUUGCACAGUGGGGCCCACGCCGUGCCCCAGAUAUUGCACAUGCCUGAUUUUGCAGGACUGUACCCAGUACACCUGGCAGUUCAUGCCCGGAGCCCCGAGUGCCUGGAUCUGCUAGUUGACAGUGGAGCUGAAGUGGAGGCAGCAGAGAGGCAGGGGGGCCGAACACCCCUGCAUCUAGCCACAGAGAUGGAGGAGCUGGGGUUGGUCACCCAUCUGGUUACCAAGCUCCAUGCUAACGUGAAUGCCCGGACGUUUGCUGGAAACACACCCCUCCACCUGGCGGCUGGACUUGGGUCCCCAACCCUCACCCGCCUCCUCCUGAAGGCUGGUGCUGACAUCCAUGCAGAGAACGAGGAGCCUCUGUGCCCUCUGCCCUCACCCCCUACCUCCGGGAGCGACUCUGAUUCUGAGGGGCCUGAGAGGGAUACCCAAAGAAACUUCCGGGGCCAUACACCUCUUGACCUCACUUGCAGCACCAAGGUGAAGACUCUGCUGUUAAAUGCUGCUCGGAACACCACGGAGCCACCCCUGGCCCCACCCAGCCCUACAGGGCCAGGGCUGUCACUAGGGGAUGCAGCCCUGCAGAACCUGGAGCAGAUGCUAGAUGGGCCAGAAGCCCAAGGCAGCUGGGCAGAACUGGCCGAGCGACUGGGGCUUCGAAGUCUGGUGGACACAUACAGGAAGACCCCCUCGCCCAGUGGCAGCCUCCUGCGUAGUUACAAGCUGGCUGGUGGGGACUUGGGGGGUCUGCUGGAUGCCUUAUCGGACAUGGGUCUACAUGAGGGGGUCAGACUGCUGAGAGAUCCUGAGACCCGAGACAAGCUGCCCAGCACAGAGGCGAAAGAAGACAGCGCCUACGGGAGCCAGUCCGUGGAGCAGGAGGCCGAGAAGCUGUGCCCACCCCCUGAGCCGCCAGGAGGGCUCUGCCACGGGCACCCCCAGCCUCAGGUGCACUGAAUGCUGCCCGGCCGACUUCUUCUGCCAGGUCCCUCUGUACAGCACCCCUGCCUAGUCAAAAUCUUAUUUAACACCUCAAGCCCACGCCUCAGUGGGCCAAAUAAAGGAUUCCUAUGGGAAGGGGAAGGCCCUUUCCCAACUUA